CCAGACCCCAGGAGGAAGCGGCUCCCAGGAUCCCUGUGUCCCGACGACGUCAGAUGCGGAGCAGGAGAGGGUGAACCCCAGCUCUCAGCCCCCAGCCCCUUGCCUGGCUGGAUGGAACACCAGCCCUCAGCGGGCAGUGGCUGGGGGCAAGGGGCAGCUCAGGCCUGCCCCUGUAGGACACUGAGGAGGAGGGGGUCUUUGCCCACAUGGACAAGGACUGGGAAUAUGACACGGAUCAAGAGCUUUCCCAAUGGGGACACAUUGCCAGACGACGGCGCUGCCUUUGGGAGGAAAUGACGGCCCAGGAGUAUUACCGACUACAAGACGAUGUGAUGAUCCAGGACAUCUCCUCACAGGGAGUGGGGAGGCACCAAGAGCUGCAUCAGAGGUGCAAGUGCAAGAGAGGUGUCAGUGUGAGAGUCCAGUGGGGAGAUGCCACACAGCAAGAGCAGGAAGGGGAGGAACACCAGGAACCAUCUCCUUUGGAAGAAGUGCAAGGCCAUCCGGACACAUUCCAACAGGAAGGAGACAAGACAGACCCAGAGUUGUCCCAAGUGGCAGACAAGAGGGACAAGGACCUAUCACAAGGAAAAGACUACAAUGUCCAGGAGCUUCCCCAAUGGGAAGAAGACGGGAGCGACCAAAAGCUGCCCCAACAGGAAGUUAGGCUGUCCCACUGGGAAGAAGGCAUCGAUUACAAGAUAUGGGACAAACCCCUGCACCCAGAGAAGGAUGAGGAUGCCCAGACUUGUACCGAGGAGGGCCCCACCUCUCCCAGCAGUAUGGGCACCGAGGUGGCAGGAGAGGCAGCCCAUGAGCUGCCCAGAACCUCUUCUGCCCUGGGGAGUCCCACGGAGGAUGAGCUGGCAGCCACUGCUGCUCUGGCAGGAGCUGAUGAGGAGGAAGAGCCCCCCAAGCCCCUGCCUGCUGAGGUGGAAAAGGCACCAGGUUCUCCUGCCCUCAGGGAGGAGGAGCCAUCAGCAGUGGCAGAGAAAGCAGACCCUGCUUCGUGCUACCCCCCAGACUCCAGCCAGGCUCUGCUGGAUUUAGCGAGGCACAUCAGCUAUGACAUUGUGCACAAGGCUUUGCUUGUGAUCCAGGAAUCUGGCCAGCAGCCAGAGGAACAGAGGGACCUGGAGCAAAGCAGGGCUGCUGAACUGGAAGCAGCAACUGAAGGAGGAAGAAGGGAAGAGAGCCCAAUCUUGGCCCUGCACAGCCCACUGGGAGCCCAAGCCCCCAGUGAGGAGCAGGAGGAGGCAGAUGAGGGAUCAGUCCUGGCAGAGCAAGAGCCUGAGGAGGGGCCCUUGGCUGGGGAACUUGAGCUUCCUCAGUACAAAGAUGAGGAACACACAGAACUGUCCCAAGGAGAAAUCAACAAAUACCAAGAGGGGUCCCAAGGGGAAGCCUCAACUGAGCAGGAGCUGUCCCUAGAUGGAGAUGCAGAAGCACAAAGCCACCACGAGCUCUCUGAUUGGGAUGAAUGCAUCGAGGAAGAGCUGUCCCAUGGGGAUGCUGGAAGCUACCAAGAAAUUUCAGACUGGGAAGAGGCCAAGGAGCAGGACCAGUCCUUAGAAGAAGCACAAAGCCACCACGAGCUCUCCGAUUGGGAUGAAUAUAUUGAGGAAGAGCUGUCCCAUGGGGAUGCUGGAAGCUACCAAGAAAUUUCAGACUGGGAAGAGGCCAAGGAGCAGGACCAGUCCUUAGAAGAAGCCCAAAGCCACCAUGACCUCUCUGAUUGGGAUGAAUAUGUUGGGGAAGAGCUGUCCCAUGGGGAUGCUGGAAGCUACCAAGAAAUUUCAGACUGGGAAGAAGGCACGGAGCAAGACAUUGAGCAGAAGCUCUCCUCAGAAGAAGCCCGAAGCCACCACGAGCUCUCUGAUUGGGAUGAAUGCACUGGGGAAGAGCUGUCCUAUGGGGAUGGUAGCUACCACGAAAUUUCAGACUGGGAAGAAGGCACAGGGAAAGACCUUUCCCAAGGACCAGUCGGCAGCUCCCAGAAUCUCUCUGACUGGGAAGAAGACAGCAAGCAUGAGCUGCCCCAUGAAGACAUUACUCGCUACCAAGAGGUGUCUGAUUGGGAAGAGUCCAUUGGCCAAGGGGUAUCCAAGAAACGUCCCUCCUGCCUGCAGCGGGCACUGCGGGCGCUGCGGGGGCUCUUCUGCCCCUGCCUGGCCCCACAGCCCGAGGAUUAGGGCUGGCCCACAGCCUGCCCCCGUCCUGGGGCAGCCACACGGGCUGCCUUUGCCCAGACACGGCCCUGCAGCCCAAGCUGGCCUCCCCAGGACGAUUACCCAUGUGGCCAGCCCCAAUCCAGCACCCCUGGGGGACACUUGGUGACAUGUGACUCAGAGGUAAAGGCCACAGACUCAUCAGGGUGGGAAGAGACCUUGAAUGUCAUCCAGUCCCACCAUCACCCUGAAACCAUGUCCCCAAGUGCCACAGCCAGAUGAUGCUUGAACACGUCCAAAGAUAGAGACUCCACCACCUCCCCGAGGAGCUUCUUGCAAUCAAUGCCUGACCACUCUGUCAGGGAAAAAUUUUGAAUAUUUCAACAGAACCUCCCCCUGGUGGAAUCCAAAGACAUUUCCUCUCAUCCCGAAAGGAUUACAUGCUGAUCCUUUGGGAUUUUAUCCACUGGGAAUGGGCACAGACAGGUAUU